CGCGAAGCUGAACUGAGCGUGCGGCAAAACAAAUGCGAGGGUUUAUUUUUGUUUAUCGCCGAUCUGAGCGACAGAGAAUUGCGAAAAGAAGAUAAUAUCCGAGAGAGGAAGAGAACGACGCGCUCGAGAAGGGUCUGCGAGAGAAGCGGAACGUCAUCCGGACGGAUCGCGCAAACGUGCCAUUUGCGCAAUUCGCGACGCGGAAGAGGGUUCGCAGAGGUUUCUCUCUCUCUCUUCUUUUCUCUCUCUCUCUCUCUCUCUCUCUCUCUUCUCUUUCUACCUCUCUCCUUCUCGCGGAACAGAACGGUGGUAAAGCUUCGUCGAUCGUGUUGUCGGACAUAUUCAUCCCGGGCGCAAAAGUUUUUCCCGCAUUCCGGGACGAGGAAGAAUUUCGCCACACGUUUAAAACGAUUCAGGAAGAAGAAGAGGAAGUGGAGGAACGAGCUGCGCCGGUUCUCCGGGCUCGAGAUGAACAGUGAUCGGUAAUCGUCGCGAGGUAAAGAUAGGAAGGCAGAAGACGCGACCAGAGAUGGCCACAAUCACGAGCACGACCUUCGCGAGGAUUAUGAAGACGUUGAAGGAGAACAACAAUGCUAAGGAAAAGCGCGAAGUUUUAACCUACAUCUCCAGUCAAGCUAGAAAAUUAGAAUCAAGUAGUGCUAUUAAAGAAGAACGCUACAAGGAUUUGUGCAGGGUGGUCAUAGAAACAUUUACAAAACAUGAAGGAAGUUUGCAAAACGAGGCAUUGAGUGCACUUAAUGCAAUUGUAAAAGAAUUUAAAGCACAUCCUUUGCAUAUUUUUGAAUCAAUGUUACAAGCAGAUACAAGGACAAGAUUAAAAAUACUCAAGUUACUGGAUGUGGUAGAGGAUGACAAUGCUAUUUCUGCAGCUGCCAAUGAUGCACAAGCUUUAAGUUUUUUUAAAGAUUGUAUGCAGAAUGUAGAACUUGAUUUAAUGGAAUGGUUAACACCAACAGCAUGCAUAGAUAAUUUGCAAAUGUUGACGAAGGUUGAGCACCAAUCCUUAUCGGAUGAACAAAAAUUAGAUGAAGAUACAAACAUUUAUGCGCUUAUUCUUUUGAGAAGAUUGUACAGAUUGGCUGCCAUAACGUUUGAUCAAAAUGUUCAGAGGUUUGAUACAUUAUUAAUGGAGAAGAUUAUAAUACUGGCCUACAUGGGACACAAGCGUCAGCGUGGUCCUGCUUUGAAAGUCUUGCAACAAGCUGUUGCAACUAACUCGUCAUUACGUAUUCGUAAAGAUUAUCCUGACUUAUGGACACAGUAUAAGACCAAUUUACAAUCCACGUAUUGUAAACGUAUGUUGCUGUUAGUAACAGCAUGUGAUCCAGAUUGGACUAUUCAAUGGAAUACUACUAUUCAGUUCCUUGGUACUGAUCUUCAUCGUGGUGCUAGUCUCAUAAAUAAUUUACUGAGUGUUGAGGAAAAGGCCUUCAAGUCUACUGAUCCUAUUAUACGCAGACAAGCAUUCCUUUCAUGGAAGUUGUUGAUUGACAAUUUUGCUUUAGAUCAUCAAGAACUCGCCACUGCUAGAAGAAUAAAGUUACUUUGUAUUCCGUUAAACACUAAGAACAGUAAAACCGAAUUAAUUGCACUAACAAAAUUAGAAGUUUGGUGGCACUUAAUUGUUAAACUAUAUAAAGAUAUUGCAAAAUUUGCUACUCCUGUUAUCACGCAAUUUCUAAACUAUUGUUUUGGACCACUUGGAGAUACACCACUGCUUUCUUCAAAAUUUGACGUUGUUGCCUCUCCAGGCAAAAGAUUUUUUAGAACAAAAGUGGUUGCUGUAGAUGCCUUGUGUCAAUUAGUUGUUACAAAGGAAGAUCUAUCUCCAGUUUGUGCUCCAAUGUUAGAAGAAAGACUUCCUCAUGCUAUAUCUGAUGAGAUGUUUCAAGAAUGUUCUAAGAGCAUUAUACACAGUGUAGGAGAAGCCCUACUUAUUCUUGGUCAACUUACAGAUCAAGAAAUGAAAAAUCGUUUUCAGCUCGGUAAAACAUUAUGGACAAAUUUGAUGAAUUACAUAAAAAAUAUAAAACUUGAAAUAAAGGACCAUCUGUAUAAAGAUGUGAUACUAGUCAUAACUGAAUUGGGAAACCAUAUAGAUAAAAUUAUGGUAAAAGAUAUGAUUUUCAAUGUAAUUUUGUCAGAUGUUAAGCACAUCAUUGAAAAAACUGAAUUUCACGAUAAUACUUUACCAGAAUUGGUAUUAAAAUUUUUAUCACCACCAAUACUUGAUGAAGUGCCAAAGUAUAUCUUGGAUUAUAAUAGCGAUGCAAUCAAGUGCCUUCUGGAGCGAUGUUUAAGCCCAGAAUUUACAUAUUCCUCAGGUGUGUUUGGAUUUCUGGAAACAAUAAUAGAAAAUCUAAAAUCAGCGAUUGACGCACAUGAAAAUACGACAGCUUACAUCGAAUUAUGGUCUGUAGUAGCACAGAUAUUAACAAAAUAUUUAAAAAAAUGUGAAGCUAAUGGAAAUGAACAUAACUAUAAAACUAUCAAAUUAGUUUUAUCACUUCCAUUUCAGUAUACAUGUUUGGAAAAUCCUGAGCAGAUACAAAAUGAGGCAAAGGUAUGGAAAGCUUUAUACAAACAAUUUGAAUUGCAAUCAGAUUCGAGUGAAGUAAAGCCAAAUGAAAUCUUACUGAAUACUGCAAAUAUGAUGCGGGAGUGUUUAAAUGCAAAUAAAAAUUGUUGUUCUUUUGUUGUAAAUUGUUUAGAUGUUUUAUUGAGCACUCUCGAUUAUGAAACCUUAAUAACUCGAAAUGAAAUUCCAUCCAUUAUACAACUCAUACAAGAUGUUAUAAUAACUUCGCUUAAUGAUGCACAAAAUCUUAAUUGUGAAAUUGCUUUGAAAACGUUAUCAGCUAUGCUUAUCACUGUAUAUGGACAUAGUCCACGAAAAGUAAUAUCGUAUCUGCAUAGUUGUAAAUCAGUGAUCAAACUUAUACUUGCAUCACAAAUAAAGGCACUUUUUAAAGAAGUUGCAAGCAUGUGGGAGUAUAUAAUUAGUAUUUUUAAAGGACUUAGCAAACAAUUGAAUCAUGAACUUUUAUCGUCGUUUAAAGAAAUAAUUAUAAUUGCAUUGAAUCAUCCGAACCCAGACUUAAGAUCUUUUACACAAUCUAUUUUUGAAGUUAAAGAUUGCUUGGACAGUACUGCUAAGUGCAUUUUAGAUGAAAUAGAAGAAACAAUAAAGAAACCCCAUACAAAAUCUGACAAAGAAAAAGCAGAAGCAGGACAAACAAAAGAGAUACGUAUAGCUGGGAGUUUCUUGAAUAGAAAAUCUACUAAUACAAAAUCAGUAUCCAGUAAGCCACCAGAAAAGAAUGAUAAAAAUACGCUUAUACUACCUGAACCUGAUUCGCAAGAUUAUGUGUUUAUAAAAACAGAUUUGAAAUUUGAUGUUAAUUGUUUGACUGAACACCAAAAAGAAAGUUUAAAGAGGAAAAGGGAAGAUAUACCAGCAUUGUAUAAUGAUCUUUCUCAAUCGUCCUCGCAAAACUCUCAAAACUUGCAACAAUGGUUUGAUAUUAAAAUCAAACAUAUUAAUGAAACAGAUAAAAUCAAUGAUAAAAAGAGCGAUUCUGUAACUCAAAAACUUAUCGAUAAUGACGCCAACAAGGAAAAUAAGAUUAUGCAAUCAAAGUCUUCUAACAUGAUGGAUAAAGUUGAUACCCAUAGCAGCGAAUUGGAUGGAAAUAUUGAGGAAAAUAUCGCUGAGGCUAAGCAAAAUGAAGGUUCGAUGAAAGAAGUUGAGAAAGGGAGUUUAAAUGAAAAACAAGAAGAAAAUAUGGAUAUAUCGAAACAAGCAAAUUCAGCUUCACAUACAGAAUCUUUCAAUGAAGAAAAUAUUGCAUCGGAAGUGAAGGAAGAAACGGAUGCUACAACUACAAUAGCAUCCAUUUCAAAAAAAUUGAAUUUCGAAUCACGAGAGGAAUUUCCUGAAGAUAAAAUACAAGAACGACAAUCAUCUCCGUCGAUGUUAGAUAAUAUGAAACGACGACGUCGUAAUAGCAUAACGAAGUUAAAUUCAUCAUUAAAAAGUGAUGAAGCUGUUGAAGGUCAGAAAGAUUCAAAUGUGGCAAAUACAUCAAGAUCAUUGAGAAUGAAGACUAUUCAGGAAAAACCUGGUACAAAUGAUAAACAGAAGUCAGACGAUGAUACUGAUAUUAAAGAAAAUUCUAAUGAAGCUAGAAAAAGUUUUAAGCGUAAAUUAUCGGAUACUGAAUUAGACACGGACGAAAUGCAACGUCGAAAGCGACAAGAUUUUAAUGACGACAGUGGUGAAAACUCACGUAGUGGUAACUCUUCGGAUAUAGAUAAAAACAAUAUUAGUCAGAAAUGUAAAAAUGAAAUGACUCGUUUAAAAAUCGACAUGGUAUUUGAUUGCCAUUCGGCUAAUCGUCGUCGAGCCAAACAUUUGGAUGAAGGAGAAAAAGAAACGUCGACACAAGAAAUUGAUGCAGGAAAGAAACAUGGAUUAAGGAAGUACGGGACACCUGACAAUAAGAGUUUCAAACUGAAGUCUUCAGAUCCGAAAUUUGUAGAAGGAUCAAAAAGAUAUUCAAAAACGCACGAGAAGAGUACAAAAGAUACAGAUGAUACAGAUCAAGUAGUAUUUAAAAGACGAGGUAGAAGAAGUACCAGACAGCUCCAGACAGAAGAGGUUAAUACGAGUGAUGUAAACGUUAAUAAAGAUGUGAAAAAAUCCAGUAAUACUAUUGACAAGGUACCUGAAUUGAAAAACUCGAACACAGAUUUAACAGACAUGAGUCCAACGUCCAGUCAAACAAUACAAGAUGUUACAAUUAAUAGAGCCGAAGAUGAAAAGUCUGAUGCAAAUAAUUCUAAAAGCUUGGAUGUAGAAUCUUCAGAACAACCAAGUGAACAAACUUCAGAGGAAGUUGAAGAUUUUGUAGAAAGUUCACAAAUUUCUAAUGCCGAUAUAAAACUAGAUAAAAUGUGCAGCGAGAAACAAUGUUUUAUUAAAAUUAAUAAAAUGGAGAAUGCUACUGUUAAAACUUUUGACGCAAUUAUGGAAAAAAAUUAUGUACCUGAAUCUAUUCCCAUGGAUUCUGACGAUAAUACUGUACCUGAUCCAUGUGAACAAUCGGAUGAAGCUGAUCCUAACGAUAAUAUGGAAAUAAACAAUGAAAGAAAUAAAGAUAGUAUAAAUAAAGACUCGAUUCAGGAAACUAAUAGUUCUAAUACAAAGACUAUAGUUCCAGAAGGUCAGAAAACAGUUGAUAAUUCGUCAGCGCUCAAGUCUACAAAUUUUUCUUCGCCGAAAAGCAGUAUUAAAGUGUUGUCUAAACUUAAACCAUUCACAGGACGUGCUGCUCAUAUGCUAGGUUUAGUUACAAAGCAAGCGCAACUCGAAGGUGACAAUCCGGCUGUAGAAGAUGAAUCGUCUGUAAAAAAAUUGAAAGCCAAGGAUGCGGAUAAUGAUACGAGUAAAAAGACUCUGAUAACUAAAGAGAUUGAUAAAAUAGGCGGACCUUCUGGCAGUCGACAAGAGAAAAUUUUCAGUAAUAUGAAGUCGGCCGAUUAUUGUGCAUCUUCAUCACAUUCAUUUACUACUUUGAGAAACGAUGGCGAGAAACUUUCAUUUAAUAAACUGGACAAGAAUACAUCGGACUAUUUAUCGAUGGAAUUUUCAGGUGACAAAGAAAAUGAAGGAAAUAUAUCAUCUUUGUGUGAAAAAGAUGAUCUACCAAUAUUGGAAUGGUCAAGCGCUAAUCCACCUUCGUUAACCGCAUCACCAAGUGCUAGUAUUCUUAAACGUCAACGAUCGAAUGUACCAGAAGCAGAUCUAGAUUCAACUCCUAACAAGCGAAAACGAGUGAGCUUUGCAGAUCCACCAGUAUCAAAGGAAAUGGGUUAUGAAGUAGCCAAUAUAGAAUUUCCAAAAACUAACAAAUAUUUUAUAACACGCAGUCCUAUAUCAAAAAAGGAUUCUCCAGUUAAAUUCAAACAGACCAAGAUUAAACUUAUACCAUUUGAUACAGAAAAACUAGUAACUGAAGAGUCUCAAAAUGAAAAUGAUACUGAAGCCGUUUCGGAAACCGAUAAGAAAAAUGAGUCUCUAACAAGAAUAUCUGAAGCAUAUUCUGAAGGUAUGGAUAUAAAGAGAUCAUCUAGCGAUUUGCCAGAAAAUGAUAACGUUGAAGCAAAUACUCAUACGAGAAUUAAGAUCGCCGAGGAAUUAGGAAUAGCGCAGGAAAUUGAAAUAACAGCAGAUUCAUUUGCCGCAGAAAAUCAGGCUUUACCUUCUGAAGAUCCGAAAAAUCUUGUCGACAUUGCAUCAGCGAACUGUGUUGGAACAGAAGAUUCUGAAACGCAACAGGAUAUCUUUGACGGAAUGGAUGCAACGAAUAACAUCGCAUCAGUCAAGAUUAGUAACGAUGAUAUUAAUACGUCCGUACAAAAUAAUUCGGUAGACUCUAUUAAACUGAACGUGGUCAAUGAUUCUGUGAUAGCGGCUUUAUCUACCAAAGAUGACAAUACGACAAGUAUGGAAGACACUGUAGAUCUUCAAAAUAUUACCGAGUUAAAUUCCACUGUGAAUACAGACGAAGUAUUCUGUGGAAAACUGAUACGUACUAGUACAGAAGCGACGGAGAACAUAAUGGAACAGGACACUUUACCGGUAACGGAUUCCUUAUUCGCGAGUUUACCGAUGUCUCAAGAAUCUACUCAAAACCAGGAGGUACAAAAUAACGUGGAACUUGAUCCCGAGUUUCUGGAAUCUAAGCUGCCUAUUUAUCCAGCAUUGUCAUCGUGCAUGAUGCCUAUCGACAUUAUCGUUGAACGAUUAACUUAUCCUCUUUGGAAGAGAAACUUGUGUACAUAUCUCUCGAAUAGAAGCUUGCGCACAAUUGGUGAUCUUGCCCAAUUAUCGGAACGCGAAAUUAACAGAAUACCCGUGAAAGGUGUACCAAAGCCUACGUUCGUAAGGAGAGUGUUGAAAGAUUUUGAAAACACGUUUAUUCUUCAAGCAGAAUCCUCUGAUACGAAGUUGAAUUAUAAAAGGAUACAUUCGUCAGCGAUGGACGAAACGUCAAACGCAUCAAUUAACGAUCCUAAUGUCGAGAUGGAAUCCACAACAGACGACGAGGAUGAACCUUUAAGUAACGCGUUACUUCAUCGAUCUACCAGAAAUGAAUCCAAUAACCUUCAGAGAGAGAGGUCACCUACGGAAUACUUGGAUAAAACAGAAUCUAUUACCAGCGACAUGGAUAUUUCAUCGGAACCUGCAUGUUCUAAAAAUUCCGAUUUAUCAGUAUUUGAUAUUUCUACAAGAAACAAGCAGAAAGAGACAACCGUUAUUGAAGGUUCAUCUAAAAUAUCUAGAGAUCAUGUUGAAUCCGAGCCAAUUGGCUCAUCGUUCUCUGAAACCAUAAUCUCUAGGAAUGAAGCAGUAUCAUUAUCUUCGAGUGUUAGCAUGCACACAACGAAAAGCCGUGCUAAAUCUUCAAAUACAUACGAUGAACUUCUCAUUACACAUUCCUCUGUUGGUACUAGUACCGACGAAAUUAGUUGUGCGACGUCAAAUGUUCAAAAAGUCACAAGAUCUGUUGAGUCUCAAAUGGCGCUUGAGGAAUUACUGGAUGAGAUUGACGUAAAUCUUGUAUUGGAAAGCGCAGUUAGAAGAUGCAGUGCCGAGGCAAUUCUUUUGCAAUACAAGGUAAAGAUGGCACAUUUGAAAGAGACAGAACUGGUGAAGGAAACUAUUAGAAUGCUUGGUUUGGAAAAUAAACAGCAAGUUAGUGAUGCAUCGUUAAAAGCAGCCUGCCGGGCAUGUGGCGUCAACAAGGUCCUCCUUAGGUUGCCCGAUAUCUUCAGUUACGAUAAACAGUUUUUUGAUAAGGUGCUUAAGGUAUACAGUAAGAAACUUAGUAUAGCUGAGUCUUUGAAUGUUUUCGAUUUUAACAAAGUGAAAAGCGCGAUCUGUCAAAAAUGCACGUCGUCCGAACUUGUUGAGAUGCUUUCGGAGAAAUUGAAACAGGAAGACAAAGAUGGUAUCAAGCAACCCAUGACAGAACUAUCUAGUUUGGAUGCUAUGUUACAAAGAUUGCCGAUGGACGUGAUUAUUAGCCAUACUGUAGCGAACGAGGAGCUUAUUCCGGCCCCUGUAGUUCUGGACAUAGCUUUGCAAAACAAUAGUUCGGAAAAUAUUGCACAAGCGUUAAAGCAAUCUCCUACUUUGGCUCGACGCGUCCUAGACAAAUUGUGGACGUCUCAGUUUACUAUCCAGCAUAUCGAGGACGAUGAAGUAUCCAAAGACAGUUUGCUUAAUAUUUUUAAAAGCGUGUGUUCUAAACUAACCGCGCAAGAACUGCUAAACGCGUAUCACGAAGCUAUGACAAACAAACUCGUCACAAAGAAAGAAAAUGAAUAGAUCGGACUUACGAGUUUUAGGUUCACUAUCAAAUAAUAUGACUGAUUAUAAAAAUAUGGUUACGUCUCA